CAGAUAAAAUGUGCUUCAGGAUUUCAACUUUAUUUCAGAACCGCCAGUGAUUCCUAUAACCAGUCCACCUGUCCCCGUGAUGUCCCAGCCGCGGCCGGACAGAUCUUCAGACGAUAUCCUGGCCGAGCUACGCGAUGAGGGUGUGUUACCCGGCCUGAAGCGGCGUGACAAUGCCGUCGCCUUCCAGGUGCCCACAGAUAACCCCAGCACUCCCCCGCGCCACCAGGAUAGGCUGAAGAAAAUGGAGAGGCGACUAGAGGAGCGACGGGAGAAGGUGAAGAAAAGCUGCCCUGAGUCUCGUGGUGAUCUGAAGAAGCAGCUUAGUGACGCGGAAGUUAGGAGACAGGAGCUGUUAGACGAGAAGACGGCCAGGAUUUCGAAGAAGUUUGCCGAGAAAGCAGCUCAGAUCAAGGCCAAGAGGAGGCGAGCAGGAUGA